GGGCUGCGCGUGUUUGGGAAGCCUCCUGGAAUUUAGCGCCCUGCAUCCCGCCUGUUUCUUAACCUCGUGUUUGCACGCGGCCCUUCGGGCGUCAGCUUGGAGCUGGGGCCGGGGGCUGGCGACCGGGAGGGGGCUGGCGGAGCUCGCGGCGCGGCCCCAAGUUUAUGCUAAUCCGUGCAGAGCCCGCCUCCUGCCUCCCCUGCGCGGCCCCAGCUGCGAGUAGCCCGGGCCACUCGGCGGGACGCAGCGGCCGCACAGCUCCAGGCGGCCGAACAAGCGCGCUCCGGGGGUCGCGAGAGGCAUUAGGAGCCGGGCGGGCGAGCGGAGGAUCCCCUGCGGGAGGCACCCCGAGGGGCCGAGUGACGACCGAGAGCGAUGGGCCGCCGUCUCCUCGUGUGGCUGUGCGCCGUCGCGGCGCUGCUCUCGGGGGCGCAGGCCAAGGGCACCUCGCUCUUCGCACGGCCCGCGCAGCCCGGCGCCUCCCGCUACAGCCUCUACACCACCGGAUGGCGUCCGCGGCUGCGUCCGGGGCCGCACAAGUCUCUCUGUGCCUAUGUGGUACAUAGGAAUGUGACCUGCGUCCUACAAGAAGGAGCAGAGAGCUUUGUGAAGGCUGAGUACCGGAAUUGUGGUUGGGGGCCCAACUGCCCCUCAACAGUCAGGUACCGCACAGUGUUCAGACCCAGAUACAAGAUCGGUUACAAGGCUGUGACAGACCUGGCCUGGCGCUGCUGCCCUGGUCUUACUGGGGAAGGCUGCCCAGAACACCUCGAAGACCACGGAGCCACCCCACCACACCAGGAGCCAGAGCCUCAGAUUCCCUUGGGGCAACUGGGCCCAGGUCCCAGGCCUUCUCCUUACAGCAGAGAGGCCCCGCACCCCCGUGGCUUUGGGGUCAUCCCUGAGGGGCUUGCGGACCCAGAAGGCAGAGGCAGAGGACCACGCAUCCCUCCUCUGAGUGAAAUCCUGAGCAAGGUCACAGAGGUGAGCAACACAUUACAGACCAAGGUGCAGCUGUUAGAUGAGGUCCGUGGGCUGGCCCUGGGGCAUGAGGCUCACCUGCAGCGACUACGGGAAGCCCCACCGUCCCCACUGACCUCCUUGGCACUGCUGGAGGAGUACGUGGACCAGCGGCUGCAGCGACUCUGGGGGAGCCUGCUGGAUGGCUUCGAGCAGAAGCUGCAAGGUGUCCAGAGUGAGUGUGACCUUCGGGUGCAAGAGGUGCGGCAGCAGUGUGAAGAGGGCCAGGCAGCCAGCCAGCGCCUGCAUCAGAGCCUCGAUGGCCGGGAGCUGGCCUUGCGUCGGGAGCUCUCACAGCUGGGUACUCAGCUGCAGGGCCUGACUCUGACCGGUGGGGGUACCUGUUGUAGCCAACUGGCUUUGAUCAGCGCCCGUGUGGACAGCCUUGAGAGGAACCUGCAGGCUGUCACUGAGACCCAAGGGGGCCCCAGCACCCUGGCCGCAGACGAGCUUGCACGCCUCUCUGCAGCUAUGCUCCAGGGAGGCGUGGACGGGCUGCUUGAAGGUCUCGAGACUAUCAAUAGGACAGAGAAUGGAGCAAGGGGCUGCUGUCUGAGAAUGGAGAUGGGGGGCUGGGGUGUUGGUGGCUUUGGGUCCACCCUGGAAGAGCGAGUGCAGAGCCUAGAGGAGCGACUGGCAACUCUGACUGGAGAGCUAAAACCCAAGGGUGCCAUCCCAGACAGAUCAGUGCGGCCGCUUGUUCACUCGGAACUAGCUGUGCUGGAACAACGGCUGGUGUCCCUGGAGACCUCAUGCACCCCAAGUACCACCACAGCCAUCCUGGACAACCUUGUGGCAGAAGUGAAGGCCUGGCAGAGCCGGAGCGAAGCCCUCCUACACCAGGUGGCCCGUCACACUGCCCUGCUCCAACAGCUCAAUGGCACAGUAGCUGAAGUCCAGGGGCAGCUGGCAGAAGGGACAGGCAGCUCACUCCAAGGUGAGAUCACUCUGUUGAAGGUUAACCUGAACUCAGUGAGCAAGUCACUCACAGGCCUCAGCGACUCUGUCAGCCAGUACUCUGAUGCCUUCUUGGCCGCCAACACAUCCCUGGAUGAGCGAGAACGGAGGGUGGAAGCCGAGGUCCAUGCCAUCCAGGAACAAGUGAGCAGCCAGGGCUCAAGGCUUCAGGCUGGCCACAGGCAGGUCCUGAACCUGCGAGGGGAGCUGGAACAACUCAAGGCUGGUGUGGCCAAUGUGGCCGGAGGGUUGAGUCGCUGCCGGGACACAGCCCAGGAACUCCAGCAUACAGUGAGCCACUUUGACCAGAGGGUGGCCCAGGUGGAAGGAGCCUAUGAGAGGCUGGGCCUGUUAGCCGCCCACCUGAACAGUUUACCUACUGAACAGCUGAGGUCCAGGGAGGGCCUGUGGGGCCACAUAGACAAGCUGAACCACACGUUGGCCCAGCACACGCAGGACAUUGCCCGGCUCCGGGAUGACCUGUUGGACUGCAGAGCCCAGCUGGCUGAGGUGAGGCCAGGGCGAGCUGACUAGGAUAUAAGCGGCACAGAAAUCUAAAGCCCAGAUCCCCACCAACCCUGGGAAUAUCAUCCCAGAGACCAGCCCUACCCGGAAGUACCUUCCAGCCCUCCCUGGCUGCCAGAGGCCACUGGAUGAAUGGCCUUGGUCCAGCUCAGCAUGACUGUUUCGGCCAUCGAAAGUCACCCUUGGCGCUGCAGCCUGAACAAUUAGGGUUGACAGUCAAGGUGAGCUACACGGGGUGCUGUCUCAAGAGUCAAGGCAAGGAUGCCAUGCCUGAAGACAAAGUUGGGCUUCUGAGGUGAAACGCUGUGUUGUCUGCACUUCCUCUUGAUGCAGACACAGUGGCGUUUGCCGCUGCGCAGUUUCCAGGCCAAGUCUCAGACAAGCCUGUCCACUGUUCCCCUGACUAACCAGGGGCCAGUCACUGCACUCAGAGGUAUCUCUUCCCUUGUCCCUGGGCUUCCAUCCUGAGACAUCUGGAGGAGGUUUCUACGGGAAGAUGAUACCCACUGGACCUAUCUGGCAGUGCUAUUCAUAGGUGCUAUUUCUGAACUAAAGACCGGAGGCCACCUGAGGUUUCCAAAUCCCCACACAUUCUUCAGAACAGAACAAAAGCCCAGCGGCCCAGCCAAGAGCGCUCCAUAUUCCUUUUGAUCUUGCCUCAUAAUGUGAGUGUAGGCAGCUGUAGGAUCCCAAAGAAAAGAAGGGAUCCAGACCAUGUUUGAAGACCCCACCCCAAAUGUCUUUUCUCUUUGAUUUCACAAGUACACCCCCGGGGUCCUCUCCAGUUAGAGGAAAGUCUUUCCCCACCACCCAGGUCAGUACCUCUUGCCAAGGGUAGCCUUAGAGUCCGUUGAGGCAGACCCCAAGCAAGGGGCUGGAACUGGAUGAAAAGGAGGGCUAACGCCUUGCUUUUAAACCUCCACACAGAACCCCAGCCUUGCCAGGAGCCUCACAAACUGGAGAGAAGCUGGGGUGGGAAGCCAUUAAAGAAUGGCUGGAAAGCACACAUGCUUAGGGACUGACCAUUUCUGCUGAGGCUCCUGGCCUCGGUUUCCCCCAAUGCACCCCAGACCUCCCGUGCUGUCUGUUUCUCCCACCACCCUGCAUUCUGGCUUGUGACCAUUCAGUGUUUACCCUCCACUCUGAUGUGGGUUGGAAAACAGGUUGAAGAUUAAAUCUUUUAACCGGUUUAAA